AUGGAAAGAACUGUUGAACCUUAUUAUUUCGAUAACAUCAAAACAUCUAUUAAAUCGUUUAAAACUCCAUACAUUGAAAAACUGAAUUGUUUCAUAUCUUCAAUCAAACAUGACGAAAAGAUUAUAAACAAACACGAUCUGGAUUCAGAUUCAGAUUAUGAAAAUGCUAUUGAUUCAGAAGAUGAUCUUGAAGUUCAAGCAUUAUAUGAUGAUGAAGAACAUCCAAUCAAAUUGAUCAGAACUAAUUCUUUAGAGCCUUAUUUUAGACCAAAAAUAGCUAUAAACUAUACUAACUAUUAUGAUUCAAUCGAUGAUUCCGAUGAUGAAAUCGAUUUAACCAUUAAACCCCAUCCUGAAUUUCCUAUGAAAAAUGUCGUUAGAGAUGAUUUUGAUAACGAUACUUCAUUUGAUUUCUUUUUAUGA